AUGCCGCUGAGCUUAAAGGACAGAGGUGGCAGGCUGCAGGCUUUCGCCCGCAAAAACUCGGACAGCGCCGCCAACUACAACGCGAGCGCCCCAAAGAGCGAUACUCUGGUCGAGACCGGAUCAGACACGCCCCAGGAUCCGUCACAUGCGCCUACCAGACAGGAACUGGCCGAAGCUGCCAGGCUUUCCCUGCCCGCAAACUACCGAAACGGCGCCUCGCAUCAGCAACACAAUGGCCAAAUCACUAGCCAUGCGCGCUUGGCGUCGCCGCCACACGUCUCUCAGACUUCCCCGACUUCACACCCGGCCAGGGGCAGCUCGGGCCAUCACCACCACCCAGGUCUCUUCUCCGGCUCCCAGCUCGGCGACAGCUUCAUGAACUCGGGCCUCUCGACUCCUCUGAACGAGCCUGAAGAGGGGUCCGAGGGAGAGGCAACCCCCAAUGCCAAGGGGCAAAGCAACCGCGGCCCUCAGGCUCACGUUCAAAACAGCAGCAGGGGCUUUCAAAGCGCCCCUCCUCCGGCUGCUUUCCGCAUCGGAGAAAACCUCAUGAUGUCGGUUGUCCCGGGGGCCGAUCGCCGCGGCCUGCCACAGAUGAUGGACGGCUUCCACGACGAUGCCGUACUCGCAAACAGGAGGCAGCCGCAAAGCUACAGGCCCCACCAUGACCGCUCAUCAGCAGCUGCUGCGGUUCAGCCGAAGCUUCCUGUACGCGAGACUCCCAGCCCAUCCCCGUCCAUUGAGAGUACACACUGGCCGGGGCGGCGGAACCUGGACGAUGCCCGACAAAGCGCUCCCGCCCACGACCUGGACGAAGAGCUCGACUCCCUGUCCGCGCAUGAGGGGCCCCCUAAGAUGGCUGCUGCAGACAAACCCAGAGGCGGCACGCGGCGCUUCAGGGAAGGGAGUCCGGUGCCUGCCAACAUUGCGCUGCAGAAGCUGCCCCGGGAACGGAAGCGCCGCCGUGGCAGCCCCGACUACGAUGACAGGAUGCUGAGCUCAAUGUCAUUCAGCGAUCUCACAGACGAACCCUUUGACCUUGACCCGGGCAAAGCAACAGCCCAGGGUGGACAGGACGCAUCAGCCAAGCUCCCCCUAAAGUUAGAGCAAUACCGACAGCAGGGGGAAAAGGAGCAGCAGCACAUGUUUGCCGCCAUGGCGUUGGAUGAUUGGGAGGCCGCUGGCGACUGGUUCGUCGACCAAUUCAGCGGCAUUAUGACACAACUACGAGAUGCCAGACGCAGCAAGCGUCGCAUGGUUCAAGGGUUUGAAGACGAGGCUGCUAGACGUGAGGAGGCUGUUCGGCUUCGCUCGGAGACGAUUGAUCGCAAGCUUGCCAAGAUGAGGCAAGAUGGACAGCGCGUGGUGGAUGACAAGAGUCUGUAG